UGGGACGUUUGGUCGAGCUCGUUCCGGGACUUUUUAAGUACAAUGUUAUCUUUUAUCAUCAGUAUGUUAAUACUAGAGGUACUAAACUUGGUUAUCACAGACUACGAAUUCAGGAAGUGGAGACUAAAAGAAGAGCCGGAGAGAUCCGAAAACACUGGUGUAAUGGCAUACAUACCUAGGGACGCCUUCGGUGACAUCUUCACAUUUAUCGUUGUCUUUUGGAGAAAGGGGAAGUUGACGUUCUUUAUGCGAUGCCUGGCACUGUGUCAGGGUGGCGUCGGAGUGGUCAUGCUUGUCUAUGGAGCGUACAACAUAAGAAACUAUCCCUCGUCUGUAGCGAACUUUUCGAUAUCGAGACUGAGGUUCUACAAUGUAUAUUUUGAUGACCUGCUUGAGAGCUUGGCCUCUCUACUCGUGCUGUGUGGGUGCAUUUCUAUCCUCAUCUCUGUCCAGGGCGUCUCUGUCACCUGUGUGACGUCACGAACGGCACAUUACGUGUCUGCAUUCAUUAACACAGGAGGUAUAAUCGUUUCGACCACAGUGGUGACGUUCUGGGGCGUGUUUAACACUAAGGUGCGAGAUGACAUGGAACUAGAACUUGAGAGUUUAUUUUACACAGCACUACGCUAUUCACCCUCUUUUACUUACGCAGUUCACCUAGUCCAAAAUUUGGGGUGUUGUGGAAUAAGAGCAGAAGGAGACUACAUUUAUUUACUUCCAGAUAAACCUUCCCAUGACAGACUCUAUUCGUCCUGUUCUCAAUACAGGCCAUGUGCUCCAGUUCUACAGGAACAUUUCAGGACAUUCUCUAUUGCUGGACUCUUUUUCGUGUCGAUUAUGCUCCUUUUACAUAUUUUGUCUCUCCUGUGUGUCAACAAGAGUGUAGGAGAUCUAGCCGAAAGAUCGUCUGGGUCUGAAGAGAAAAUUACUCGUAGAGGUGUCUUCGGAAGUCUAAAACAGAGAAUUAUUGUGUUAUGGGAACAAGAUAGAAUUAACGGCGUCAGUGUCAUUCUGAAGUUCGUGACCGUGCUCUGCGGAGUGGCGUUGAUAGUGUCGGGGCUGCUUUUGAGGUUUGAUGACGUAUUUGAAGAUAUCAACCUGUAUCCAAUAUUCUACCCUCUCGGAUUUAACAACCGUCGUUUCACCUUUUAUUUAACCGCCGUCGCCUAUGGAAUGCUGGGAUUGGGAAUCACGGAGAUGGUUGUAUCGUUAUAUGGACUGAUUACAUAUUGCUGGGACUCCAAAUUCCUAGUAUACAUAUUGAUUGUGUUGCGUGGCGCCUUUACUGUUUCGAUGGUUGUGAUCUUGGGGCUAUGUAUCGAGUCCACAAGCAGCAUCUAUUGGACCAUGUACGAUCAACUUAUUACAGAAUUUCAGAAAUAUUCUGAUUAUACUCAAAGUUCUGGGUUACCUUGGAAAUUUCUUUAUUUUAAGAUGGAGUGUUGCGGUAUAGGUAACUACGGGGACUUCGCUGGAUUAUCUUUACAAUACGGCAGGAGGAUACCAAUCCACUGUUGUACCAACGUCACAGAAUGGGACCCGGGACUGGAAUCGGGUCUCGAGGACUGUACAGAUAAUCUCCAACCGGGCCUCUUUCACGAGACGGGAUGUAACGAUGUACUGUUGGAUAGGUUUGGAGGAUACAUGAUCAUCUUAAUUUGUCUGCUUUUUUUCUUAAUACUGUUCCAGAUAUUUGAUAUAGUGACGAGUGGGCGCCGAAUAUAUAUAAUAAAACCUGGUUCCCUCAUUGAUAAAGAAAUCGGAAUCCUUGUUAAAUCUGUGACAGGAAAGUGUCACGAUAACAAAAUCACGGAUUCCAGUGAGGCGUCGGUGACUGCCGAGCCCAGCGAGGUUGACGCCGGUCCGAGCCUACCUCUGAUCGAGGACAGCAAAAGAAACACGAUAUUACCUUCACUAAAAGGUCAACAGCCAGCACCGAGUACGGCCACGCCCCCCUCAGAGACAACGGUAGGCCCCAGGGGGCGGGCAAGGAGUGGAAAGGAAAAAAGACAGCGACCGGCGAAACUGCACUCUGUAGAUGUACACCAACCCGAGUCGGGUGAUAAGGAACCGAUACAAAAUGGCGUCGGACUGAAAGGUGCAGAGACACCAAACGUCGGCCGGAGUGAAGAUGCCACCGAGACAACAUCUGGAAGACGGUCAGCAUUGAUGUCUUCCAGGUCAGGUCACAAAACACAAGUCUCGAAAAGAGCUGAUCGAACACGUAAGCCCCCAAAACCGUCAAUCGGUGACGUCACAGACGAUAAUAACACUGUGACAAGGGAAACACAACAGGUUCCGGUGAGAGGCGAUGGUGCUGCGAAGGAUAACGAAAGGUAUACGGAUGAUUCCCAAUUCGAACUGAAAGAGAGUCGGAUUUCAACGGAACAUCCGUCGGUUAUUCCACAGGGCAAUGUCAGUACACCUGAUGCAACAUCAGAACAACCUGAUCGUUCACAGACAAAUGACGGGAUACAGCACGCGGGCAUGUCACGUGACAAAAAAGUACGUGAAAUUGAAACAAGAAAGGAAGAGUCAAAACAGACAAAAAAUCCAAAUGUAAAGACUAGUCCGGAUGAUAGUAAUCGUGAACAGGCAAACGAGAAUGGUAGAUUGGAUCCCGGAGAAAGUGACACAAAGAAGUAUCUAAACAGUGUUCCAUCAGGACUGGCAGAUACACCUGAGAGCAGGCAAAAUGACGAAAGCCGAAGUGAUGGGGAGGGCGGGAUCUCACAAAAACCGAACGUAUGGUCUGACGAAUCAGGGGGGUCACCAGAGGUACACAAAGAUAACACGAACAUGGCAGUGACGUUUGAGAGUUCGGAACAACACAUAGCGUCCAGGGAGGCAGGCGGACAUGCUGAGACAGUACAGUCCGGAGCUUCUGACAAGAAAGAGAUAGAUUCUGAAACAUCGCACAAACGUGAUGAAAAAGUAAAGGAUUCUUGGAUUUCUAACGGACAGGACGAAAAAGUAAAGGAUUCUGGGAAUUCUAACGGACAUGACGAAAACGUAAAGGAUUCUGGGAAUUCUAACAGACAUGACGAAAACGUAAAGGAUUCUGGGAAUUCUAACGGACAGGACGAAAAAGGCAUGGAUUCUGGGAUCUCAAACGGACAUGACGAAAAAUUAAAAUAUCCAGGUGUCUUAAACGGGCAAGUUGAAAAAGAGGUAAACUCUGAGACGUCAGAUCGCCACGCCGAGGAAUUGUCGGAGAGAGCCACCAAUGUACAUAAAACGGGCGAGAAGAUAGAAGAGGAUAAAACUCUCAAUGAUAAAGACACGAAUGUGACCGAUUAUGAUUACGAGGACGACUUUUCAGACGAGGAUAAUGACGAUACUAACAAUAUAGAUUUCUUCAGCAGGAUCGCCGGAAAUUAGAUUUGAUAUAUUUGAGAUCCCAGAUUCUAACACCUCAACUCGAUACCUUCAAUCGACGAUAACCGCAACGAAUCGACAAAUGUGUUCCCGAGCAGUUUAGAGGUGUUGGUAUUUUCAUGUCAUCAUGUUUAGUUGUUUCAAUUAUCAAUCAUUGUUCAACAAUGGAGAGUAUUCAAAUAACAAUACUUCAUGACACCAUGGAUGUUAAUGGAAGUUAAUCUGUGAUAUUUAUUUUAAAUGUGAUUGUGUUUUAAGCGGUGACAACAUUUAAUGCAUUUCCUGAAUAAUUAUAUGUCUCAAUAUUAAUUAAUUAAUUAACAUAACCUGUCACUACAUAUGACAGUAAUAAGUUGUUGUAAGGUUAGGUAAUCAGUGACAAAUGAAUUGGCUUGACUAUUAGUAUUAGUUGACAGAUACAGAACUGUAUACCUACUUGUCAUGUUUUAACGAUAAUAGAUUAGUCUAUCUCACAAAGUGUGAAUGAUGAGAGUCAAAUGAAUCUCUUCGUACGUGAGGACACCGGUUGUUGUACUGUUCAUUUUGACUUUUUGAACAAUAAAAUUAUUUGGACAUGAAAAAAUAAAACGUGAAUGAUGAGCAUUACGUAUGUACCUGUUUAAAUGGCGGUAUUAACUACAGCCUUUUAUAACUAUAUCUGUGAUAUUCAGUUUUAUCAUUAAAGUGUAUGUUUCAGUCGAUGUUACAUUUUAACAGUGUCCAAACUGAUAACACCGACUUCCCUUCUGGUCUCCCACACAUUAGGCACCCAGAUUUACCCGACGAAUUGAAGCACGAAUUAAAUGGCGAUGAUAAUUUACAGAUAAUCAAAGUAGUAUUAAAAGAUCUAAAAAUCAUAAUGCAAUUGCUUACGAAAAUAAUUUGCCACAGAUUAUUACUGGCGAGGAUAUGUACUUUACUUUAUUAGAGAGCAUAACAUGGGGAAAUUUACUUUACCACAGAUCAUCAUUGGGGGAAAAUAAUGUUACCAGAUAUCAUCAUUGAGGAAUAUUAACUUUUCCAGAUGUCAUUAUUUGGGGAAAGAUUUACUGUACCAAAGAUCAUCAUACUUUACCAUAGAUCAUUAAUAGGGAACAUCUACUUGACCGGAUAUCGUUAUUAUGGAAUAUUUACUUUACCAGAGACCAUCAUUGGGGAAUAUUAACUUUACCAGAUAUCAUCAUUGGGGAAUAUUAACUUUACCAGAUAUCAUCAUUGGGGAAUAUUAACUUUACCAGAUAUCAUCAUUUGGGAACAUUAACUUUACCAGAUAUCAUCAUUGGGAAUAUUUACUUUACCAGAAAUCAUCAUUGGGGAAUAUUAACUUUACCAGAUAUCAUCAUUUGGGAACAUUAACUUUACCUGAUAUCAUCAUUGGGGAAUAUUAACUUUACCAGAUAUCAUCAUUGGGGAAUAUUAACUUUACCAGAUAUCAUCAUUGGGGAAUAUUUACUUUACCAGAUAUCAUCAUUGGGGAAUAUUAACUUUACCAGAUAUCAUUAUUGGGGAAUAUUAACUUUACCAGAUAUCAUCAUUGAGGAAUAUUAACUUUACCAGAUAUCAUCAUUUGGGAAUAUUUACUUUACCAGAGAUCAUCAUUUGGGAGUAUUUACCUUAACAGAAAUCAUAUUGUAUUAUUAAUUAUUAUGGUACAUUUUUAUUUCCGUGUGACACUGGUCUAGUGGUAGGACACUGGGUUAGGUGACCGAGGAGUCACUAGCUCAAGUCCCAGAAAGGGCAUUUGUAUCCCUACAAGAUACUUAUACUCCGCUGUGUUCCGGUCAACUCAGCUGUACAUGAGAACAUACGUGUAAGGUGUUAGCGCCGAAUGGCAGCUCCGGCUGUAUAUGCUAGCCCGAGUUUUCUCUGGCCCCGUCACCACCAUGUCUGGUGUAAGGGCCCUACACCAGACAUGGUGACAGGGCCAGAGAACACUCGGGCUAUCUGUAUGCUUUCAAUGGAAAUGGGAAGGACACAAGUUAGUCGUUAAAAGCCUGACGUACUGAACAUCAUAAUUUGUGAACAGCUCUGAGACAAUUAAGUAUGUACUUGUACAUGAUUAUUACCUGGUAUACCUUUUAAAUUAUCUUAAACAUCACUUUUCAAAGAGUUUUAUGAUUUAAUAUGAGGCAUUUUACCAGUAAUGUUAUUAUAUCCUCACUUAAAAAAAAUUGUUUAUAUUUACUACAUUUUUUUUGUAAGGUAAUUUAUGUUUAAAUGGUAGUAAUUCAGUAGUGAUUGUUUUAGAAAAAAUGUUGAUAUGUCGGUAUAUGUAAUGGCAAGAAUUAUAUUACUUUUUAACAGCAGUCUUAUAUUUAUGAUGAUUUAUUGAAAAUGUUAACUAGCCAAUUUUAAUACAAAGCAGUCUUAUAUUUCUGUUGAUUUAUUGAAAAUGUUAACUAGCUAAUUUUAAUAGCAGCAGUCUUAUUUUUUCAUCACUUGUUGAAAAGAUACCAAAUGUAGACGUUGAAGCAUCAAUUGUAUAUUUGUAAAUUGUCAGUAAAAAUAAAUUGUG